AUGUGCGACUUUAAUUCACUUCCACCUGAAAUGAUUUUAGCAAUAUUUUCUUUCUUGGAUACACACAGUCUCUGUCAAGCAUCACAGACUUGUAAAGACUGGUACGACUUUAUUUACAAUUCCGAUCUUCUUUGGAAGGGGAAAUGUUAUUCUCUCAAUCAAGAGGAUAUAAAGCAAGACAUUGAAUCUGGUUUGUGGUGGCGAAGUAUUUUCAUCCGAAAUUACGGGACAAAUCUGGUAAAAAAGCGAUGGCUUGAGGGAAGAUAUAGUCAAACAAAAGCACUCGACGAACUUCCUAGUGAUAUUAACCACCUUGGACCACUGAGUGCCGACACAUGGGGAUAUAUUCUGGAUAUGGAAGUCAGCCGAAGUACAUAA